AUGCCUUUACCUGGUGAAAACAUCCCAAUGCAACAGAAGCGAAAAAACAAGCCAGCCACAAAAAAUGGCAGUGUAGCUACUCAGCGUUUCGCAGCACAGCAAGCAAAAGAAGACGAAGCGGCAAGAAACGCCAUUGCAUUGUUGAACCGACCUCCCCCUGAACAGCCAGUCGAACAACCUAGAGAUACCAACACAGAUUUAUUUGACAUUUUGACGAGGGUUGAUGGCAACGAUCCAGCUUGUUCUAGUGACGGCGAAGAGAACAAAGUUCCGGUGAAUCGAGCCGACUAUUAUCAAAGUACUACAUACCAGGAGCGUACACUGAGAGAAGAGGCUCACUGGGCGGCAGUUUUACUCAAGGUAUUCCUGGCUUUUAUGAUGGUUAGCCAACAAACGUAUCAAUGGUGUGAUCGAGUAUUUUGGAAUCGAGACUGGAAUCCUACCUGUAGAUGCAAAGAUUGGCAACAACGAAAAGUGGAAGUAGACACAGUCGACUUUGAAAGUCAGAUGAAGCUAUUGGUUGAGGUGUGUGACUGCACACCAGACUUGGUUCGACUAGUUCGGCUUGGCUACAUGGGUUCCCAGCCCGUCCUUCCACAAACAGCAUUUUCAAUUCGCUUGCUGCGGUUCCACCAUACAUUGUGGAAAAAUUCUAGUGUUUGA